UAGAUAGAUUGAAGUGAUUAAUUUACCUUAAGACGUCUUGAAUGAAACAAAGACACUCUGGUGUGUUUUUUUUGUUUUGUUUUUUUGUUUCACUGAUAGCAAUCAAUCAAUAUUGAUAUCGUUAUUUUCUAAAACUUGGUCCGGGUUGAAGUCUUCAGUCGUUGACUGAACAUCACCAACCUUCUUAGCGUUUGGGGUGGUCGGGUAGGAUUUGGUAUUACUUUUCACAUCUGUCACAUUUUUUAACUAUUAAUAAAAAUACGUAUUAAACACUGACUUCAAUAAACAAUAGCACCAUCUAUGGGACACCAUGUUAUAGGUAAUAUAAGCAGCAUCUGCAUAACUUACUCCUUUAACUGUUAAACUUCUGUAACCUUUUCUACUAUAUUUCAUUACAUUAAAAAUAUUUUAACUACAACUUUUCCACAACGUUCACAAAGAAAACAGCAGGUGUCACCAAACCCAAAAUCAGGUUUAUGGGUAGGGCAUUGAAAUUUCACACUGAAGACUGGAGUUCAAAGCCUGCUCUGGGCAUGCUCUUUGCUGAGGUUGUUGCAUGACGUUCUUCAGUUGACACCGCUUCAAUUUAUUGGGGGAGGAGAGAAAUCACCAGUCUGUACCUUCAUUUUCAGCAUGGGUGCAACAAUCCCUCCAGCACCCAAGAUGGGAGGUUCUUGCAAGGGCGGUUGCCCGUGUGAUGCUCCACCUACAGCAUCUGCUGCUGCCCCUGAACCAGAGCCACCCAUAGAGUCUGAGAGUGAAGAGAGUGAAAUAGAGAUUGACAAUGAUGGAGUUAUUGAGCCAGACACUGAUAUACCACAGGACACGGAAGACUUUCAGGAUGUAGAGGUCACAGAUGAGAUGAUGGACCAGGCAAAUGAAAAAAAGAUGGAUGCCAUUACUGCAUUAGGAGAAGGUGACCUACAGAAAGCUCUGAAUCUUUUUACUGAGGCUAUCCAGUUGAACCCAUGCCUUGCAAUCCUGUAUGCCAAGAGAGCAAGUGUGUAUAUCAAGAUGCAGAAACCUAAUGCAGCCAUAAGAGACUGUGACAGAGCAAUCAAGAUCAACCCAGACUCUGCACAACCCUACAAGUGGAGAGGAAAGGCUCACAGGCUGCUUGGUCACUGGGAGGAGGCUGCCAAAGACCUAGCUACAGCUUGCAGAUUGGACUAUGAUGAAGAUGCCAGUGCAUUGCUGAAGGAGGUCCAGCCCAAGGCUCAUAAAAUAAUAGAGCACAGACGCAAGUAUGAACGGAAAAGAGAAGAAAAGGAGAUCAGAGAGAAGAAAGAGCGGAUAAAGAAAGCAAGGGAGGAACAGGCUAAGGCUCAAAGGGAGGAGGAAUCAAGACAGUUUGGAAGUGGAUACUACCCAGGAGGUCCAGCUGGAUUCCCAGGUGGCGCUCCACCUGGAAUGCCUGGUUUUGCUGAUCUCUUACAAGACCCAGAACUCCUCAAUGCAAUGAAGGAUCCAGAGAUAAUGGCUGCCUUCCAGGAUGUCUCUGCAAACCCAGCUAAUAUUGCCAAGUAUCAGAACAAUCCUAAAAUCAUGGCGCUCGUCAGCAAAUUGAGUGCAAAAUUUGGAGCGUCACCACAACCAUAAAAAAGCUGAAGCUCUGUGGAGCACCAAGCCUUUUCUACUAUUAAUCCACUGUGGGCUAAUCACAAGAGCAGGCAGGGGGUAGAUUGCUUUUGUAAAGAUGGUGGACGAUGUUUUCCAUCAGCUGUUAGAACAUGGCACUAAGACUGAGGUUCAGAGGUGUAAGAUUUAGAAGUCCAAUGGACCUGUAUCGCUUAGCAACGACCUAACCACUGGUUCCUAAUCCAAUUCUGAAAGCAUUUUUUUCCAGUCAUGUCAUUGUCACACAAUUCAAAAACAGUUUCCCUAAUUUUUGAUCAUCUCUUAAAAUUUAUGUUGUCACUUGUUAAAUGUUAAAAAAAUGUUACUUUUGCUGUCUGACCCUGUUGGCAAGUUGAUUCACAAUAAAACAUGCUGUUGCUUCAAA